CCGGUUUGAUGAUGACGUUCCUUUUCCUGCCUGUUCCCGUGGCAGAGGCUGUGUUCAUCUGCGGGCGAAACGGUCCAUAAUGCCAUCUUUAGUUUUAUCAAGCAACGACAACCUUAGCAACAUGGACGACGUGGAUGAGGGAUUAGACACCAAACUGGAUAUCAAAAAGAAGAAGGACAAGGUCAAGAAGAAGAAAACCACUAUGACCGAAGAACCCGCUGACUGCGAGCCACCGGCUCCCAAAAAGGUCAAACGUGAGAAGAUGGACACAGCCGACGGGACAGUGCAGAAGUCUCCUGACAUUAAUGGAAACCUGGGGAGAAAAGCAGCUAAAGUAAAGAACCUGCAUUCCAGUGACGAGCUCGUGAACACAGCAGACGAGCAGUCCGAGAAAAAAAAGAAGAAAAAGAAGGCAGCAGCACCGGAUGGCGCAACAGUCGACCAACCACCCGUUGACGCCAAUGGUGCAAAAUCCCCCAAAUCUCCAGCGAAAGUCAACGGGCAUUUUACAGACUCUACCUCCCCACAGUCCAGUGAAGACUCUAGUGAAGAGAGUGAAAAGGAUGUGGAGACACCGGAGCAAAAAAUUGGAAAUUUCUCAAAUUUCAGAAUCUCACAGGACACCAUCAAGCUACUCAAAACUCGGGGUGUGACGUAUCUGUUCGACAUUCAAGUGAAGACCUUCGACUCUGUCUACGACGGGAAGGACGUGAUCGGCCAAGCACGAACCGGCACAGGAAAGACUUUCUCGUUCGCGAUCCCACUGAUAGAGAAACUACAGACUGGAGGCGAGGACAAAAGAAGAGGUAGAGCACCAAAGGUUCUGGUUCUAGCUCCGACCCGAGAGUUGGCAAUUCAGGUGUCUAAAGACUUCAAGGAUGUCACCAAGAAGCUCUCUGUUCACUGCUUCUAUGGAGGAAGCUCCUACAACCCUCAAGUGGACGCCAUUCGUAACGGGAUCGACGUUCUUGUUGGCACCCCUGGCCGAAUAAAAGACCACCUUCAGAACAACAAACUGGAUUUGUCCCAGCUGAAACAUGUGGUGCUGGAUGAAGUGGACCAAAUGCUCGAUAUGGGCUUUGCCGAGCAAGUGGAGGAGAUCCUCUCUGCUUCCUACAAAAAAGGUGAUGAAAGCAACCCUCAGACUCUGCUCUUUUCUGCCACUUGCCCUUCUUGGGUUUACGACGUGGCCAAGAAGUACAUGCGGCCCCAGUACGUCCACGUGGACCUUAUCGGCAAAAGAUCUCAGAAAGCAGCCACCACUGUUGAGCAUCUGGCCAUAGCAUGCCAUUGGUCUCAGAGGGCAGCCGUGAUCGGAGAUGUAGUGCAGGUGUACAGCGGCAGCCACGGACGCACCAUCGUCUUCUGCGAGACCAAGAGGGAAGCACAUGAGCUGUCCAUGAACACCUCAAUCAAACAGAGUUCACAGUCUUUACACGGAGACAUUCCUCAGAAACAACGAGAGCUCACACUGAAGGGUUUCCGGAACGGCACCUUCGAGGUCCUGGUGGCCACCAACGUGGCUGCACGAGGCCUCGAUAUCCCCGAAGUGGAUUUGGUUGUUCAGUGUUCUCCUCCGAAGGACGUUGAGUCAUAUAUUCAUCGUUCUGGGCGAACUGGCAGAGCUGGAAGAACUGGCAUCUGCAUCUGUUUUUAUCAGCGAAAAGAGGAAGACCAACUGCGAUACGUCGAGCAGAAGGCUGGCAUUACUUUCAAGCGUGUCGGUGUCCCCACUGCGAAUGACAUCGUCAAAUCCUCCAGCAAAGAUGCAGUCAGGUUUCUGGAUUCCGUUCCUCCAGCAGCCAUCGAACAUUUUCGCACGGCGGCCGAGAGGCUGGUAGAAGAGCGCGGUGCGGUGGAUGCUUUAGCAGCUGCUCUUGCACACAUAUCAGGAGCCACGAGUCUGGAGCAGAGGUCGCUUAUGAACUCGGAUGUUGGUUACACCACGUUGGUGCUCAACUGCUCUCAGGAGAUGCAUAACAUCGGCUUUGCCUGGCGAGGGCUGAAAGAGCAGCUCGGGGAGGAGAUCGAUGACCAGAUCAAGCGCAUGGCCUUCCUUAAGAGCAAAAAGGGGGUUUGCUUUGAUGUUCCGGCCGAUAAGGUGAAGGAGAUCCAGGACAAAUGGCAAGAUGGCCGCAGAUGGGAGCUGACCAUCGCCACCGAACUUCCCGAACUGGAGGAAAACACGCGGAGCCGUGGAGAACGAGGGUCCGGAGGUCGCGGCGGAUUCCGUGGCGGAUUUCGCAGCGGCUUUCGUGGGGGCAACUACCGAAGUGGAGGAGGGGAGGAGGACGAGGUGGAGGAGGAGGACGAGGUGGAGGACGAGGUAGAGGAAGAGGUGGUGGUCAAAAGAGGAACUUCAGCCAGGCUUUUGAUCGUUAAACAUCGCUCGUUCUCGACUGACUUUCUUUUCUAGCCUUGACGACUGGGUCUGUCAAUUUUUUUUUUUUUUUUCCACUUGUAUUUGGGGGAACCAGACUUCGCCCUUCGCCGGAAAACUGCUUUCCCCAAACCUUGCUUUGACACAAACUAAUUGCCUUGCAAUUGUGUAUUCAAACAGCUCUGUUUAAGCCCAUUCACAUGAAUGUGAAUUUCAUUAAAGUUGUCUUAAUACACACAAA